CUACCACAACUACCACCCCUCCUCCUACCACCACCACCACGACCCCCAAAACUUCUACCUACCCUAUCGUCUUGUACGUCACCGUCCCCCCUACGACCACCACCCCCACGUCCUGGAGGCCUCUACUGGUGGCCAACCCUUACUACAACAACCACUACUUCCCCAGCAGUAGCAACAUGGAGCUACAGUAUCCCCUUCUGGGUGUACAAGGACAGCAGCAACAGCAGAAUCAGUCUGUCGUUAAUACGGUACACACCCACCAGAACCUCGUCAUCAGGCUGGCCAACGGCACCAACCUGACCACCGUCAACGUCUCUACCGUAGGAGUGCCUGACGGUGCCACUACGGUGCUCCUUGGCGGCGGUGUCAGCGUUGGAGGGGAAGAACCAUCCAUUAGUGAAGGGGUAGAUACUAGUGGAGGAGGACAUACUACUGAUGGAGGCGAUACUACUGGAGAAGGAGAUACUACUGGAGGAGGAGAUACUACUGGAGGAGGAGAUACUACUGGAGAAGGAGAUACUACUGAUGGAGGAGAUACUACUGAAGGAGAUACUACUGAAGGAGGAGAUACUACUGAAGGAAAUACUAAUGGAGGAGAUAAUACUGACGGAGAUACUAAUUGUGGAGAUACUACUGACGGAAAUACUACUGACGGAAAUACUACUGACGGAGACACUACUAACGGAGAUACUACUGACGGAGAUACGACUGAAGGAGGAGAUACUACUGAAGGAGGAGAUACUACUGAAGGAGAUACGACUGAAGGAGGAGAUACUACUGAAGGAGGAGAUACUACUGAAGGAAAUACUAAUGGAGGAGAUAAUACUGGAGGAGGAGAUAAUACUGACGGAGAUACUAAUUGUGGAGAUACUACUGACGGAAACACUACUAACGGAGAUAUUACUGACGGAAAUACUACUGACGGAGAUACUACUGACGGAGAUACGACUGAAGGAUGCAGAUGCGGUGACGAAAACGACUCCUCAGGCAGUGGAGAAGGCGCUGACGAUGACCUACACGAGACCUCUGACAACCUGCUGGAUCCUGAAGUGUACCGGUGUAACGAGAGAGGUAACAGCUUGAUGUCCAACUUCGUGAACCCUUCCUACCCUUACCGGGACACAACAGCUGGCAUCUGUAUGUUUAGGCUGGACAUACGACCCCGAGUCUGUCAG